AUGCGGCCCCAACCACCUGACUUUAACGAUGUUACCAAAGAUAAUCUUUCUUUGCUUCAAUCUAAAAUUAAAGAUGCCUUGAAGAGAGCAUCCUUUAUCUCUUUGGAUACGGAAUUUACAGGUCUCGGGGGUAAAGAAGCGAACACUAGAGCCUCGAACAUUGAAGAAAGAUAUGAAAAUUUAUGCAAAGUUGUCAAAACUCAUGCCUUGGUGGCCUUCGGCGUAACAGUUUUCGAAGACGCAGAAUGUGAGAUACCAGUGUCACGUGAAAAGCAGUAUAAAGUUUCUAAUUUCAAUUUUACCUUGCUGAGUCAAGUUGACUAUGUUGUAAGCCCGCAGAGCAUAGAAUUCUUGUCUGAUAGCGGGUUCGAUUUUAAUAAGCAAAUUCGAAGAGGUAUUCCAUAUACGCCCGGGAGUAGUCAGUCAUCCAACGAAUUAAGCGUUCAUAAUGCAAUUAUGCGCUCGAUAUUUUCAGAUAUUCUGUCACAAAAGGUUCCAAUAGUCAUACAUAACGGAUUUCUUGAUUUGAUUUACCUUUACUAUUCAUUUUAUGCUGAUUUGCCACAAAAUCUGAGUACAUUUGUCGCCGACUUAUCUGAAAUGAUCCCGGGUGGUAUAUUCGAUACAAAGUACGUGUCCGAAUAUGUAACAGGAGAAAGCGUCACUUUUCUGGCGUAUCUGUUUAGGAAAUACGAAAGAGAGCAAGUGGAUCACAAAAAUUCUUGUAGCAAGGAUUAUUUAUUAUUGAGGAUCCAAGAGGGCAAUCUUCAUCCUACAAUUCAGGGACAUUCAAAUUUGAUGCCAAGUGAAUAUCACGAAAAAGCAGAGAAUGAGUCGACAUCUUCUAAGCGUCCUCUCGUGCAACGUUAUUGCGAACAAUAUGCUCUUCGUGGGUUUUGUUCGCAGCGGAUGAGGUGUGGAAAUUCUCAUGAUUUAGAUUUUAUAUUAGAUGAACAGGCAAAAGCAGUCAAAGUGAAGCGUAAGCGUCGCAAAAACAAGAAUCAAGAGGGCGAAUCAACCAAGGUUCACAUAAAUGAAAGGGACACUAUUGAUACAUCUCAAACAGACCCUAGUGGUCAAUCUUCGGAAUAUGUUUCUGCAUCAAUGCCUCCAACUCUUUUGCCUUCCACAAAGCCCGACCAGUUUGAUAAUUUUCACUCAGCUCAUUAUGAUGCUUAUAUGACUGGAUUUAUUUUUGCACGACAAUUGUUAAAAUUUACAAGCACGACGGUUUUGAGUCAAUAUAAGAACAAGCUAUAUCUCAUGGGUAAAAAUUAUCCACUGUUGAUUGAAAAAAGCGAGUUUGCAAAGACGAGCAUUCAACAUCAAGAAAAAGGAAAAUAG